AGAAGCACAUGUGUUGCUAAUCGCAGAAAAAUCGGCAUUGCUUGUAAAGGUCGAUGUCCCUGUGAGAUCGACCGGCGGUGCUUCUGUACCAAGGAAUACAACCCAGUGUGCGGCGUGGACGGUAAAAACUACGGCAACCCAUGUACUGCAAGAUGCGCGAAAGUAAAAGUAAAUUGUAAAGGUCAGUGUCCUUGUAAAGUCGACCACCAGCCGUGCAUUUGCACCAAGGAAUACAACCCAGUCUGCGGGUUAGACGGCAAAACCUACGGAAACCCGUGUACAGCGAAAUGCGCGAGCGUUGAGAAGGCUUGUAAUGGAGAGUGCCCGUGUAAAAGACCAAAGAUUUGUGUGUGUACAUUAGACUACAACCCCGUCUGUGGCGUCGACGGAAAAACUUAUGGAAACGUAUGCGGUGCUAAUUGCGCGGGCGUAGAGAAGGCAUGUGAUGGAGAGUGCCCGUGUAAGAAACUUAAGCCCUGUGUAUGUACCCUAGACUACAACCCCGUCUGUGGCGUUGAUGGACAAACCUACGGAAACGCAUGCGGAGCUAAGUGCGCAGGCGUGACAGAGGCAUGUGAUGGAGAGUGUCCGUGUACAAAACGUAAGCCCUGUGUAUGUACCAAAAAUCACCAACCUGUCUGUGGCGUCGAUGGAAAAACAUAUGGAAACAAAUGCUUAUCUAAGUGCGCGUAA